AAAAGUUACAAGUGUGAACUAUAAGCAAUAUAAGGGUGGGGUGAUGUACAUUAAUCUUAAUUUUAUUCUCCAUGAUAGCUUGAGAGUAACUUCUGACAUACUGUAUUUCAAUGAUUAUUUUAUGAUAAACUUUGAAGUAGAGUAUCUUACAAACUUACAAAAAUGAUGGAAGCAUUUGUGCUAUGUUACUUAUAUCACAUAUAUAAAUGGACAUUUACAAAUGAUCCAUGAAAAUAACCGAAAGUUAGAACAGAAUUUAAACUGACCCCGGUAGUGGCUGAACUAAAAAGAACCUCAGGAUCUUUCUGUACUUACAUAAUCAGUCACUUGAUGUCGCUGUAUACUCAGAAGGUGAAAAAGGAAAAUUCCGUCUCAGCGCCUAGAUUCCAACCAUUCACAGAAUAGAACUGACUCCAUAUUGACUGGAAUGCUGGGUAAAAUUUACUAAAUAUAUACUUAUAGAAAAGGGAGACGUCUUAUAAAGAUUCGCAGGCGAACGAUCCCUUACACUGACAGUCACACCUCAGAGAACUCCCUAUCUGCAAUGGUGUUUUCCUGGCGAGGAGGCCCAGGAGCCUGGAGUCUGCUGCUCUCGCUUCUGCUCGUCGCAGCCUGGGAGGCGGGCAGCGGCCAGGUCCACUACUCGGUCCCCGAGGAGGCCAAACACGGCACCUUCGUGGGCCGCAUCGCCCAGGACCUGGGGCUGGAGCUGGCGGAGCUGGUGCCGCGCCUGUUCCGGGUGGCGUCCAAAGGCCGCGGGGACCUUCUGGAGGUAAAUCUGCAGAAUGGCAUUUUGUUUGUGAAUUCUCGGAUCGACCGCGAGCAGCUGUGCGGGCGGCGCCUGGAGUGCAGCAUCCACCUGGAGGUGGUCGUGGACAGGCCGCUGCAGGUUUUCCAUGUGGAGGUGGAGGUGAAGGACAUUAACGACAACCCGCCCGUGUUCAGAAAAGGAGAACAAAAAGUACUUAUUUCUGAAUCUGCACCUCUGGACUCUCAUUUUCCUCUAGAGGGAGCUUCUGAUGCGGAUAUCGGCGUGAGCUCUCUUCUUACUUACAGGUUAAGUCUAAAUGAAUAUUUUACUCUUAAAACAAUAACGAAAAACGAUAAAACUGUAUUGCCUGAAUUAGUUCUUAAGAAAUCAUUGGAUAGAGAGGAAACGGCAGAACUUAAUAUGUUGCUGACCGCCCUGGAUGGGGGUAAACCUGAGCAGCUAACAGGAUCUGUUAGGAUUCAAAUAACCGUCCUGGAUGUGAAUGACAACGCUCCGGAGUUUGAUAAGCCGGGCUAUAAAGUAGUGCUGUUUGAAAAUGUCCAAAACAACACAAGAGUGAUUCAACUAAACGCUUCUGAUCUAGACGAAGGAAUGAAUAGAGAAAUUUCCUAUGGAAUAAGAAUGAUUUUACCAGCUAGUGACAAAUGUAUAUUUUCAAUAAAUCCAGAAACAGGUGAAAUAAGAAUUCAUGGGAAACUGGAUUUUGAAGAGAAUAAUGAGUAUGAAAUUCAAGUUAACGCCAUUGAUAAAGGGAUUCCUUCUAUGGAAGGUCACUGCACGGUCCUGGUAGAAGUUCUAGACCUGAAUGAUAAUACCCCCGAGGUAAUGAUAACUUGGCUGUCGCUCCCAGUGCGAGAGGACGCUCAGGUGGGCACAGUCAUUGCUUUGAUCAGAGUGUCCGACCUUGACUCUGGCGCCAAUGGGCAGGUGACCUGCUCCCUAACACCCUAUGCCCCCUUCAAGUUGGUGUCCACCUUCAAGAAUUACUACUCGCUGGUGCUGGACAGCGCCCUGGACCGCGAGAGCGUGGCGACCUACGAGCUGCUGGUGACAGCGCGGGACGGGGGCUCGCCUCCGCUGUCGGCCACCGCCAGCGUGUCCGUGCAGGUGGCCGACGUGAACGACAACGCGCCGGCGUUCGCGCAGCCCGAGUACACGGUGUUCGUGAGGGAGAACAACCCGCCGGGCCGCCACAUCUUCACGGUGUCGGCGCGCGACGCGGACGCGCAGGAGAACGCGCGGGUGUCCUACUCGCUGGUGGAGCGGCGCGUGGGCGAGCGCGCGCUGUCGAGCUACGUGUCGGUGCACGCGGAGAGCGGCAAGGUGUACGCGCUGCAGCCGCUGGACCACGAGGAGCUGGAGGUGCUGCAGGUCCAGGUGAGCGCGCGCGACGCGGGCGUGCCGCCUCUGGGCAGCAACGUGACGCUGCAGGUGUUCGUGCUGGACGAGAACGACAACGCGCCCGCGCUGCUGCCGCCUGGGGCGGGCGGCGGGGGCGGCGCGACGAGCCAGCUGGUGUCGCGGUCUGUGGGCGCGGGCCACGUGGUGGCCAAGGUGCGCGCGGUGGACGCGGACUCGGGCUACAACGCGUGGCUGUCGUUCGAGCUGCAGGCGGCGGCGGGGGCCGCGCGCAGCCCGUUCCGCGUGGGGCUGUACACGGGCGAGGUGAGCACGACGCGCGCGCUGGACGAGGCGGACGCGCCGCGCCAGCGCCUGCUGGUGCUGGUGAAGGACCACGGCGAGCCGGCGCUGACGGCCACGGCCACCGUGCUGCUGUCGCUGGUGGAGAGCGGCCAGGCGCCCAGGGCGUCGUCGCGGGCGUCGGCGGGCGCCCGGAGCACGGAGGCGGCGCUGGUGGACGUCAACGCGUACCUGGUCAUCGGCAUCUGCGCGGUGUCCAGCCUGCUGGUGCUCACGCUGCUGCUGUACACGGCGCUGCGGUGCUCGGCGCCGCGCCGCGAGGGCGCGUGCGGGCCGGGGCGGCCCCCGCUGGUGUGCUCCAGCGCGGUGGGGAGCUGGUCGUGCUCGCAGCAGAGGCGGCAGCGGGUGUGCUCUGGGGAGGGGCCGCCCAAGGCCGACCUCAUGGCCUUCAGCCCCAGCCUUCCACAGACAGGAGAUUGUUUAAAUCCUUCCAGUGAACCACGACAGCCCAACCCUGACUGGCGUUACUCUGCCUCCCUGAGAGCAGGAAUGCACAGCUCCGUGCACCUGGAGGAGGCUGGCAUUCUGCGGGCUGGUCCGGGAGGGCCUGAUCAGCAGUGGCCAACGGUAUCCAGUGCGACACCAGAACCAGAGGCAGGAGAGGUGUCCCCUCCAGUCGGUGCUGGUGUCAACAGCAACAGCUGGACCUUUAAGUACGGACCAGGCAACCCCAAACAAUCUGGUCCCGGUGAGUUGUCAGACAAAUUCAUUAUCCCAGGAUCUCCUGCAAUCAUCUCUAUCCGGCAGGAGCCUACUAACAGCCAAACUGACAAAAGUGACUUCAUAACCUUCGGCAAAAAGGAAGAGACCAAGAAAAAGAAGAAAAAGAAGAAGGGUAACAAGACCCAGGAGAAAAAAGAGAAAGGGAACAGCACGACCGACACCAGUGACCAGUGAGGUCAUCUAAUGGAAACAAGCCACUUAGCCAGUUUUCUAAUAAUGGCAAAUAUCUCCCAUGUAGCACCUCCCAACUCCCUUCUCCUACCCACACGAGCCCUCUCUUAGAGACCUCAGACGUCUGCACAAAGUUCCCUGUGUCUGUCUAGAUCGCAUUUAACAGAACAGGUUUUGUCUUAAAAGCUUUACUAAGUCUGGUGUUAACUCUUUUCUCUCCACUCUGGCUUGUUUUCAGAACCUAAAAAGCAGACCCAAGUUUCCUUUCUCCUCCGCCGCAAAGGAGAGGCUUCCCAGCCCCGCCAGUGAGAGGUUGGACUCUCUGCCCUGUGCUCCGGGGAUCCUGUCUUGAUGACACUUGCAGGGCAGGCGGAAAGGUUUUGAGAUUGAGCAGCCUGGGUGUCCAUGGCGACUGGGUUGUGUGGCCGCCGGCGUGCGUGAGUGCCAGAUGUGGGCUGGGGUGGGCGAGAUUAGACUAGUUGGUGCAAGGGGGGGCUGGUAAACAGAAUCAAAGGCAAGUAAACAGAGGGAGUUACCGAUCUGGAGGGGAAACAUGAAAACUAAAAGGAACCAGACUUUCUAAAUCUGACAACUCAAGAGGCAGUGGCCAGCCUCCAGCAGACAAAACUACCCCCACUGACAAAACUUUAGAAGUCCUAAAGUCUGUUGGCUGUGGAGUCAUAUGCCUAAAAAAAUGCAUUAUGCCUACAAGCCAACGGUUCAGUGUUAAACAGGGGCCAGACAGAGCAACAGAAGCAGAUCUGAUGUGUUUGCCGUGUAUGUCCUUGUGCUCGCUUUAUUAAAAAUUCUUUUGCACACAAUGUUUAUGAAAAGGCCAGGUCCUUUUCCAGCAACACAUAUGCAAAAGCAAAAGCAAAAAGAAAACCCCAACACCUCACUUUAUGCUGUUUGUUGUUUGAUAGAUUUAUUUCAAAAAGAGAAAGUCUAUAACUAUAAAUCUUUAAAAAGAAAUAUGAUAAAUACAAUUCCCCUAAACUCUCCUCAAAAGAGAAUUGAGUCUACAGCCAUUUAAAUGAUCAUUGCUGCUACAGAAGUGCUUUAAGAGAAUUGCCUGAAACCAUCUGUAUUAUACCGGCCACCUGCCAAUCACAGCUUUACUCUUUCAGGUCACUCUGGGGCUGCCUCUUGCAUGUAUUGAUUACUAAAUUAAAGGAUCUUUCUCUCUCUCUUUUCUAAGAAACAAUUAUGUGCACUUUGAAUACACAACCUUCUCUAGCCAACUGUAUCAAGACCGAGAAAUUAAAGAAAAAUACUGUUUUCUCAUACAUAUAGUGAGCCGACUUCUCAAUCCUCUAAUUCUGUGAUUUGUCUUGGUGUGCUAGCCUACACCUUCUCUUUGGUUUAGUUUUCCUUUUCUAUGACACUCUGAAUUGCUAAUCUUGCUAACACCUAUGAUGUUACCUGAAUUCAAUCUCCUAUAUGUAUGCUGUAUGCUAUUAUAAGACUCCUGAAAUAUACUUACUCUGUGCUUGUGUAUGUGAAUGUUAAUGCAACUAUUACCUAGAGUGAACUUUAAGCUUUAUUGUUGAAUGUAAUUCCAUUAUAUUCCUUUUGUACACCUGUGAAAAAGUGGAGUAGUGGUUUUUUUUUUAACCAUUGUUAAUCAGCUUUUGUGUAUGAAAGACACAGUAAAAUUUCUUUCUUAAAUCAAGAUACUGGUGAUUCAAGGAAUUUUAUUUAUGGUCAGCCAUGAGCCGUCUCUUGCCAAGACUCCUGCUGGCAAGGGAAUGGAUAAAGCUGUUUUUUUCUAGUAACAAUUCUGGAAUGAAUACCGAAGAUAUUCUCUGAGGGUGUGCAAGCACAAAAUUGACCAACCUGGCCUCUUUGAAGGCGCAGAAUGCUUUGAAAUUCUAAUGAUAUCUGGAAUAUCAGCUCAUAGAGAAUAAUAAAAUUUGCUGUCACCUUAAAUAAGAAAUCUUAAUUUUUGUUAAAAUGUACAAUUUAGAAGUUUGAUUACUUAUAUUUUAAAAGUUGACAUUAAAGAGGUAGGAGUCUGUUAUUAAAACAAAAGCAUUAAAUCUCAGAAAAAAAACCUGUGUUGUCUACUUUUAGCUUCAUUCUCCCAUAUUUUGAAGGGUGUGUAACUUCAGCUCUGCAGGAUUGCAUGGGGUAAAACUUGUUGCCAACACAUGAACCAUUGCUACAUUGUAGGUUGUGAUCAUUUUGCCCCACUGAAACCCAUGUACCUGACCUUACGUGCCUUUGGAAUACUAGGAGAAUCGGGCUAAUUUAAUAAUGAUGAUGAUUAUAAUGUAUUUGUACAGCACUUGUACAUUUGCAGAGUGCUUUCCAAUCCAUGUUAGUUACUAGUUAUUACAGCUGUAAGGAUAAAACACGUCGUGUGGAUUCAUUUUUAAUUGGUGCUAUUGGUAUUUCUCCUGUUAUUGCUAAUAAAUGGAAAAUGGUGGUAUGAAAGAAA